AUGUCUUGUAACCUCGUCUUCAGCAAAAGCGAUUGGCCUGUCGACAUAGAAAAGCCAAUAUCUAUAGAUUCAACACUAUCUAUCUAUCUAUCUAUCUAUCUAUCUAUCUAUCUAUCUAUCUAUCUAUCUAUCUAUGUCAGGUCAGGAUCUAUCUAUCUAUCUAUCUAUCUAUCUAUCUAUCUAUCUAUCUAUCUAUCUAUCUAUCUCACUACAGGUUGUAUCUAUCUCUAUCUAUCUAAAAAGAAUAAAAAGAAUACCCGCUUGGCCCGGCCUUGUGCCACAUUCGAUCCCCGUGGGUGGAUUGAUAAAUACCAUCUAUCUAUCUAUCUAUCUAUCUAUCUAUCUAUCUAUCUAUCUAUCUAUUAUAUACCAUACCUGCUGGGAAACAGUUAUCGGUUGCGAAGUUUAGAAUACUAUCGGGACCGUAUUUCAUAUUUGAUCCGCACCGCACCCCAAUCUAUCUAUCUAUCUAUCUAUCUAUCUAUCUAUCUAUCUAUCUAUCUAUCUAUCUAUCUAUCUAUCUAUCUAUAUAUAUAUAUAUAUAUAUGA